AAAAUAAUAAUAAAAAAGAAGAAAAGAAAUAACGUUAACGCAGAAAUAUUGAGCCAAGUGACUGUAGCUCGUGUGGCUUCUCGAGUUACCGACGGAGAUUUAAGAGUUAAUAAAUAAUUUAUUCGCUGUGAUAUAUCAUAAGCGACAUUUUGGAGGGGAACAACGCGUGUCUGUCCCGUAUCGGUAGCUGCCAUUCGGCCGGAGGAGGAGGAGGGAACUCGGUCUAAACGGACAUCGCACCGCGCUGGCACGGAAAGAAGGGAGACGGGCAGGACGCUUAACUGCUGAAUAUUUUAUCCCCCCUCGAGUAUUUUGUGGCAGAUUUCGUGUUCCCGGUUCCUCGGACGACAAAUGUGUGUGCGUGCUGGGGGAGGGAGUUGAAACCGGGGGUAAGCAUUCAAAAUAAAAUUUAAAAAAAAAGAAGAGCUUUCUCUUUUUGUCCCUUUUCCGCUUGCCGCCCGCUCCCUCCCUCCCCUGAACGCACGCACGCACGCACACACCGGCCCGGGCCAGCCGAGGACUCCCAAAUCCUACCGGGCAUCGAGGCUGGCACACGGCGGGGUACCGAGAGCUCUCUGGCCAGCCUGUCUGCCCCGCUGCCCCGCUGCUGGUGGGCUCCUUCCCCCUGUCGAGGCGUCUGUCGGCGAGACAUCGGCUCUGCUCGGACUUCCAUACCCUGUGGUGCUGGGCAGAGCGUUAUGGCUCAGACGCUGCAGAUGGCGAUCCCUAACUUUGGCAACAACAUCCUGGAGUGUCUGAACGAACAGCGGCUGCAGGGCCUCUACUGCGAUGUCUCCGUCGUCGUCAAGGGACACGCCUUCAAGGCCCACCGUGCGGUGCUGGCAGCCAGCAGCUCCUACUUCCGUGAUCUGUUCAACGCCGGGGGGAAGAGCUCGGUGGUGGAGCUUCCCCCAGCUGUGCAGCCGCAGAGCUUCCAGCAGAUCCUGGCCUUCUGCUACACAGGACGCCUCAGCAUGAACGUCGGAGACCAGUUCCUGCUCAUGUACACCGCCGGCUUCCUCCAGAUCCAACAGAUCAUGGAGAAAGGCACAGAGUUUUUCCUCAAGGUCUCUUCUCCAAGCUGUGACUCCCAGGGUCUCCACAACGAGGAGACCCCGACCUCUGAGCCUCAGAGCCCCGUCACUCAGACGGUGGGAGGCGGCGGAGUCGGCGUGGUUGCCACAGCCACGGGCAGACCCACCCCGUGUCUGACGCCCCUCCCCCUGGUCUCCAAGGUGAAGACGGAACAGACGGCCUCCACGCCUCAGCCCACCCCGCAGCCGCAGCAGCAGGAGGGCUCCCCCUACUCUGUGGUCUGCACCCCCGUGGCCAAGCGGCUGUGGGAGGGGGGGAACCGUGACGGGGGAGGGGGUUUGGGAGGGGGCGGGGGAGGCGGGAUGAGGAAGGCCGCACGCUACUCUUCUUCCUCCUCUUCCUCCUCCUCCUCCAACAACACUACCCAGGAUGCCUCAGGGCGCGGACCUGGCGCCAACGCCGCCGCAGCCGCCGCUUCGGCAGGAGCAGCCGGACUCAACAGUAACCAUAACAACAACAACAAUAACAACGGCGGGACCCCCGAGGGCACCAGCCCGGGCACACUGAGCAUGUACACCAGCGACUCGCCAAUCAGCUACCACGACGACGAGGAAGAGGACGACAUAGCGGACGACAGCGCCGAGGAGCAGUACAGGCAGAUCUGCAACAUGUACACCAUGUACAGCAUGCUGAACGCCGGAGCGGCAGUGGUCGGGGAGCGGGUGGAGGCUCUGCCUGACUUGGCUCCGGACUCGGGAGGCGGGCGGGGAGGCAGAGGUGGGCGGUCCCGGCAGGACCUGGCGUCGCUGCCCGCCGAGCUCAUCAGCCAGAUCGGAAACCGCUGCCACCCGAAGCUGUACGAGGAGGGCGACCCGGCCGAGAAGCUAGAGCUGGUGAGCGGCACCUCCGUGUUCAUCUCCCGCGCUCAGCUCAUGAACUGCCACGUCAGCGCCGGCACCCGCCACAAAGUGCUGCUCAGACGCCUGCUGGCCGCCUUCUUCGACAGGAGCACUCUGGCUAACAGCUGUGGAACCGGCAUCCGCUCCUCAACCAACGACCCGAGUCGUAAACCGCUGGACAACAGAGUGCUGCACGCUGUCAAAUUUUACUGCCAGAACUUCGCGCCGAGCUUCAAGGAAAGCGAGAUGAACGCCAUCGCGGCGGACAUGUGCACCAAUGCCCGCCGCGUCGUCCGCAAGAGCUGGAUCCCCAAGCUCAAACUGCUGAUGGCUGACAGCGACGCCUACUCCGCUUUCCUGGCUGACAGUGUGAAGAUGGAGGCCGACGCGCUGGGGGCAGAGCAAGGCUUUGACCCCGCCUCCCUGGAGGCUGUGGCGGCGGCGGCGGCUGCCGCCAACAAUAACGACGUUGGAGGCGGAGCCACGCCGGCAGACACCCUCCAGGGGACGGGAGGAGACGGCAGCACUUUGUUUUGAGUGAGUGAUCGGACAGAUAGAUGAAUGGACGGAUGGACAGAUUGAUGGAGGGGAGGGAUGGAUGGCAUUUUUCUGGGGCGAUGAGUAGAGAACGGCGGCCGCUAUGGCCGCGAUGUUAGCGGUUACUUCUUCCCCCGGCGCCACGUGUUCGGGGAUCUCUUUCUUCCUUUCUGUUGGUCCGUUCGUUCUUUCCUGGCUUUUUGUUUUGUCCACCGUUCUGUCUCUCUCAGCAGCCCAGAGCGCUUCUCUCCGGGUUGUUCCUCCUUUCUUUUCUGGUAAAGAGAGAGACUGAAAGAUGGAUAGAAAGGUAGCAGAGGGACGAGGAUGACAAAUGCCCCCCCCCAACACAUCUUCAUUCCUCUGCGACCUUUCAAGAUUGUUUCAGCCUUUAUUUUUUAUGUUUUUAAAAGUGUGGACUGUCACCAAGGCCCUUUUCUUACCAUAAUCAAUCAGACAUUCCCUGGGGAGGGGAGGGGAGGGGAGGGGAAGGGAGGUCAUCCUGUCUGGAGAAAGUGAUAUUUCCUUCUCCAAACUCCGGUAACACUGUUGUUUUGAUAUUGAAUGUAUGCGUGGAGGAGCGCGUGGGCCGCGGCAUCGUGACGUCGGUGGAGGAUCAGUGAGCGUGUGCAGAGCCCCGUCUGGGUUUGUUUGUUUGUUUCUUUUGCUGCCUUUCGUCCGGACGGCCCGAUGAAAGCUUCUCUGAGAGUGUGGGGGUUGAGGGGGUCAGGGGAUGAAAUGGAUAUUAAUAUGUAUAUUGGCAUGGUUUAUGAUGUCCCCAACCCCACCAGCCCUGCUGUUCCAACCCCCGCUGGGCCAGAGAGUUUAGACUGACACUGUGGUGGCAGAUGGGAAGAACGAAGGUUUUCUUCCUUAAAAACAAAACCUUUCACCCCCCCAGUCUCCCCCACUUUUUGACCGUAAAACAGAAAAGUCAAAACAUUUCAUUUUUUUAUUAAUUUUUAAUUAAUCCUUUUUGUGUGUGAUUUCUUUUUUUUUUUUUUUGCCAAGCCUCCUGAGGGAGAGGAAACUUGUUGAUGAUGAUUGUCAAAGAGUUUGCGUGUGAGAAAUGCACUGUGUUAUUUCCUGCGGUAUGAGUACAAUCGAAUUACGUUUUUGUGCGUAUCAAAAAGAGAAGAGAAGGGGUGGAUUUAUUUAAAAAAAAAAUACAGGAAAAAGGAGAAAAAAUAUGAGCUGAAAUC